ACCUGAUUGAAGGAAUUGUGAUUGUAUUGAAAUGCUCUAUGGUUUAGUGACUAGAGGCAAUUGCACGUUUGAUGCGUAAAACCAGAUAAAUAACCAACCGUUUAUUUAUUAAUAAACGAUUAUAUUUAUAUAUUUAAGAGUUAAUUAGCGUAAGGAUGGUGAUGACUGUAGCCGUGGUGCGCCAACAAUUGGCAAAUCUCGCUAAUUCCGGCGGAUCUCACAAGGAUCAAGCUGAAAAAUACCGGUCAAUCCUUGACGGAAUUUUGUCAACGUCAAAAGAUGAUCUUGUUGAUAAUUUGAAAAUUUUUAUUGAAGCCAUUGUUAAUGAAAAUGUGAGUUUAGUUAUUUCACGACAAGUUUUAACUGAUGUUAGUAAUCGAUUAGCACAGUUAGAUGAUGAAAUAUCAAAGGCUGUCUCACAUUAUACCUUAGACAAAGUACAACCUAGAGUAAUAUCUUUCGAAGAACAAGUUGCUAGUAUUCGUCAGCAUUUAGCUAAUAUUUAUGAAAGAAAACAGGACUGGAGAGAAGCUGCCAAUGUUCUAGUGGGAAUCCCGUUAGAAACUGGCCAAAAGCAAUAUACAGUAGAUUAUAAGCUUGAAACUUAUUUAAAAAUAGCAAGACUUUAUCUGGAAGAUGAUGAUCCGAUUCAAGCCGAAGCUUUUAUAAACCGAGCAUCAUUACUACAAGCAGAAACUAAAAAUGAACAGCUACAGAUUUAUUAUAAGGUUUGCUACGCCAGAGUGCUGGAUUACCGUAGAAAGUUCAUCGAAGCUGCGCAAAGAUACAACGAACUGUCAUACAGGUCAAUUAUUCACGAAGACGAACGUAUGACGGCUCUUCGUAACGCUCUUAUUUGCACGAUCCUUGCUUCAGCUGGCCAGCAAAGAAGUCGGAUGCUCGCUACUCUCUUCAAAGACGAGCGUUGUCAGCAGCUUCCAGCGUACGCAAUCCUCGAAAAAAUGUACCUUGACCGUAUAAUCCGUCGCACAGAGCUACAAGACUUCGAAGCGCUUUUACAGCCUCACCAGAAAGCUUUGACGCGUGAUGGACUUGGAUCAACAAUUCUCGACCGCGCUGUCAUCGAACACAAUCUCCUCUCCGCCAGUAAACUUUACAAUAAUAUUACUUUUGAAGAGUUAGGAGCUUUACUGGAAAUUCCUCCGUCUAAUGCUGAGAAAAUUGCCAGUCAGAUGAUCACAGAGAGCCGCAUGAAUGGCUACAUUGAUCAGAUUGAUUCUGUAGUUCAUUUUGAGACACGUGAAAUUUUACCAACAUGGGACAAACAAAUACAAUCUCUUUGCUACCAAGUAAACCAAAUAAUUGAAAAAAUAGCUCAAACACAACCGGAUUGGAUUGCUCAAGCCAUGGAGGAUCAAUUGGUCCAUUAACAAAUGUUAAUCGUCGUAAAUUAAUUUUAAUAAUAAUAUUAAUAAGAGUAAAAAUAAAAAUAAAAAAAAACAAUAAGUUUUUUAAAUUGAUGCAGUUUUUUGAUGUAAAAAAAAAUUUAUUAAGCGAUUCAAUAAAACUGCUUACCAAAGUAAAGUUCCAUUCUGCAGUAAACACACGUUGUAAAAGAAAUCAGUUACAUAUUAUUUUUCCUGUUUCUAAAAAUUAAUAAUGUAAAUAAAUGAAUACUUGAUACUUAACAUAA